CGGCGAGGGCGGGGCGGGCUUUGUUACAGAGCAAAUGGAUUGCACCUACCUGGAGCUCUGCGGGCGCCCCAUGGGCGCCUUGAAUGGAGGUGAUGUCACGGUGAUGCAGGCCGGCCCAGCCUCGCCGAGAGAAAGGAGCGCAGCGCCAGGAGAGGCCGGCCCCAGAGCGAGCGACCCUGCGCGCCCAGCGCAGCCCGGGUCCCGGGGAGGCCGGCCCUGCGCCCCGCACCCCUGCAGGGGCCCCGCAGUCCCAGCCAGGGCUGGGCCUGGCCCGCUGCCCCUGAGCUGGGUCCCUCCCACCCCCGCCCGCGCUCGGCCUGGGGCUGGAGUUGGCCCCGGACACCGCGCCAGAGCCGGGCGGGCGGCGCGUCCCAGCGCCCUUUCUGCAGUUUUACGCCCAGAGAGAUCGAAUCACUUAAAACUCCACAACCUUGAUCCUAAAGCGCGGAGACCAGGAUGUGUACAAGUUGGGUUUUGUGGCUGGAGACAUACCCCCACCCCCCAGGCUUCAGAAGUGGCUGGCGCUGAGAGGGACCCACCUGGAACCUGGCCUGGGAGCCAGGAUGGCCCCCCACAAGGCCUUGCUGAUGUGCCUAGGACUCCUUCUCUUCCUGUUCCCAGAAGCCCAGGCCCAGAAAUCUGCCCCACCUGGCUGCAGUUCAGACCUCAACUCCCUCUACUACAACCUGUGUGACCGCUCUGGGGCUUGGGGCAUCGUCUUGGAGGCAGUAGCUGGGGCAGGUAUCGUCACCACCUUUGUGCUCACCAUCAUCCUAGUGGCCAGUCUCCCCUUUGUUCAGGACACCAAGAAACGGAGCCUGCUGGGGACCCAGGUGUUCUUCCUACUGGGGACCCUGGGCCUCUUCUGCCUUGUGUUCGCCUGUGUGGUGAAGCCCGACUUUUCCACCUGUGCCUCCCGGCAGUUCCUCUUUGGGGUCCUGUUUGCCAUCUGCUUCUCCUGUCUGGUGGCUCAUGUCUUUGCCCUUAACUUCCUUGCCCGGAAGAACCAUGGGCCCCAGGGCUGGGUGAUCUUUGCUGUGGCUCUGCUGCUGACCCUUGUGGAGGUCAUCAUCAACACAGAGUGGCUGAUCCUCACCCUGGUGCGAGGAGGUGGUGAGGUUGGCUCUCUGGGCAACGGUAGUGCCGACUGGACUGUGGCCUCCCGCUGCACCAUCGCCAACAUGGACUUUGUCAUGGCUCUCAUCUAUGUGAUGCUGCUGCUGCUGGGGGCCUUCGUGGGGGCCUGGCCCGCCCUCUGUGGCCGCUUUAAGCGGUGGCGGAAGCACGGUGUCUUUGUGCUCCUCACCACAGCCACCUCAAUUGCUAUCUGGGUGGUGUGGAUUGUCAUGUACACCUAUGGCAACAAGCAACACAACAGCCCCACCUGGGAUGACCCCACGCUGGCCAUUGCCCUUGCUGCCAAUGCCUGGGCUUUUGUUCUCUUCUACGUCAUCCCUGAGGUCUCCCAGGUGACCAAGGCCAGCCCAGAGCAGAGCUACCAGGGAGACAUAUACCCUACCCGAGGCGUGGGUUACGAGACCAUCUUGAAAGAGCAGACGGGCCAGAGCAUGUUUGUGGAGAACAAGGCCUUUUCAAUGGAUGAGCCAGCCUCAGCUAAAAGGCCUGUGUCACCUUACAGCGGCUACAACGGGCAACUGCUGACCAGUGUGUACCAGCCCACCGAGAUGGCCCUCAUGCACAAAGGCCCGUCUGAAGGCGCUUACGACGUCAUCCUCCCACGGGCCACCGCCAACAGCCAGGUGAUGGGCAGUGCCAACUCGACGCUGCGGGCUGAGGACAUGUACAUAGUCCAGAGCCACCAGGUGGCCACGCCGUACAAAGACAGCAAGAACUCUCAGGCUCAUUCCCCGCAAAAUAAAACGAGAUGGUAGACGCCCUCUUCCCUGGACCACACAGCAUGCUGCCGUCCUCUGUACCCACGCUGGGCAGAGCCCAGCACCUUUCCAGCCCUUGUCAGUGGAGCUGGGAGGGACCGGGAGGCCACCAACCUGGCGAAGUGGACAGAGUGGGGGCCUGUGAAGGCCUGAGGCAUGUCGCCCGACCUCCUAGGGCCACCUCUUUUCUGCCCAGCCCAACCACUGUGGCUACGAGGAGCUGCCUGCAGACUCCUAGUUCCUCCCACCACAGCCCCUGUGUCCCACGCUGCUCUCUUGACAGCCACCCUGCUGUGAACAGCAGGCCUCUACUGCCUGUCUUGACCCUGGACCUUUCCAGCCUGGCUGUCCUGGUGCCUGGCAUCAGCUCAUCCUCCUGUGCACUUGGGUGGAUCUCCUGCAUGAGGCUUUGAAGCCAAGCCAUGGCAGGAGUCAUGCCUUGCCCUUCUCCUCAGGGCCAUCUGCCACUACCUGGACUGUGGAAGGCCACUGAGCUGGCUGAUCAGACACUGCUUCUCUCCUGGCCUCUGGGUCCUGGGUCCAAGCCACUGCCUCUGAUCAAGCCUUCUCCACCUUCAAUGAACCAGGCCCACCACCCAGCCUGGGCCAGCC